UAAAAGUUAUCGACACCAAAUGUUUUAACAGAAUUGCUGAGUAUAAGUGAAUUUAAAAAAUAAAAAAAAACAAAAAAGACUGAAAAUGACCCUCUGGUCUUUACCAACUAUCAAUAGAAAAUCUUCAAGGGAUUUUGUGGUUGUAAAAGAACCACUUUAAAAUAAAAACGAGACUUCCAUAAUAGUAGUCCGCUGUGAAGGUAUCAAUAAAAGUGAUCCUGAAGUACAAAGUGUACAUAUAAAAUAAUUGAAUCCGUUCGAACAUCUUGUGUUCCAAGGCCAUAACAUGGAUCCAUGGAUCUUGAAAUGAUAACAGUAAUCAUGCGUGACAUUCUUGGAUUUUAAACUGGACCCGAAACACAAAUAAUGCUAUCGACAUUGGUAAAUCCGCAUCAAAGUGCGUACAAGCCAAUUAUAAAAUAAAACUGCUCGAAAACGAUCCCAUCAAAAUGAAAAUGGUUGGGUACCACCCAAAUGACAAAGACGAGGUGAAAUAUGAUGGUAUUAAAAGCAAAACUUCUUCCGUAACCAUUCUAACUUCCGUACAAAGUGAUGCUAUAAGAACCCUUAAGUCCGCGUUUUACAAAGAGCAAGCUCCAAUUAGCGAGCAAAACAGAUCUCAAAUUUGUUCGAGAAUGUCAUUAUUAAGCACAAUACUGCUUAUUAUAAUUUCCAUUCACUUCAAAUUGGCACUUGCAGAUCAGGUUGUUCUAUUGGAUACAACUCGAGAAGCUACAUUAGAGUGGACCAGGUAUCCAUAUGGACCUCAAGCCCAAACACCAGGGUGGGUGGAGGAGUCAUUUACCGACUUCGUUAAGGGCAUAAACUGGAGAAGCUAUGUGGUUUGCGAUGUGGCAUAUCACAACGUCAAUAACUGGUUGUGGUCGCCGUUUAUCGAUCGUGGAUCAGCAAACCGACUUUACAUUGAGAUUCAGUUCACAAUACGCGAUUGUUCUUUAUUCCCAGGAAACGCCUUGUCAUGCAAAGAAACAUUUAGCUUACUUUUUUACGAGUUUGAUGCGGCUACUCGAGAACCUCCUCCAUGGCAAACAGACAGUUACAGGCUGAUUGCUCGCAUCGCGGCUGGCGAGGGGCGCUUCAAUCAGAACUCUGAUGUAGAUAUUAACACAGAGGUGAAAAGUAUAGCCGUGAACAAAAAAGGCGUAUAUUUUGCUUUCAGAGAUCAGGGCGCUUGUAUUAGCGUUCUGGCAGUAAAAGUAUAUUAUAUUACGUGUCCUGCUGUUACCGAAAACUUUGCGCACUUUAACGAAACACCUACGGGAAGAGAAAUUACUAUAAUUGAGAAACAAAAUGGAACAUGUGUCGAAAACGCAGAACCGUAUGAGACGCCAACGUACUUAUGUAAAGGUGAUGGAAAAUGGACAAUUCUUACUGGUGGCUGUCGUUGCAAGGCUGGCUAUGAGCCGAAUUACAUAAAUAAAACUUGUACAGAAUGUCCACUUGGGACAUUUAAAUCACCAGAGGUUACAAAAUGUACUCCGUGUCCUCCCAAUUCAAAUGCUUCGAAAACUGGUUCACCUUUCUGUAAGUGUGUGUCUGGAUACUAUAGACAUCCAAAUGAUGGUCGACAUAUGCCAUGUUAUAGUCCACCACCCGCGCCUACUAAUCUCACGUUGUUGUUUGUUGAUCAAACAAGUGCAAUAAUAUCUUGGAGCGCACCGGUCAAAAAUGAAUCGCUCUCAUCCGAAACUCAGUCUAAAAUAUACCACAGUGAUAUUGUGUACAAGAUCAAGUGUAAUAUGUGCAGCCCAAAUGUGGUAUACAAUCCCUCAACUGAUACAUUUAACGAAACGAAAAUAACACUUACAAAUCUGGAACCGGUAACGGCAUACACUGUGCAGAUACACGCAAUAAAUAGCGUGUCUCAUAUUAACGAAUUUAAUAGGCACUCCAACGAGUCUUCCCUGGUGGCAGUCAAUGACAUAAUAUUUUCAAAUACAUCUUUAUUAAAUAUACCUUUGGAUUUGAACGAAGUAAAGACCGGUCAAGCUGAAAUCGUUUUUACAACUGAGUCGGUUUUGCUCUCGACAGUUUUUAAUUUGCGUAUAUUGGCUAUAACUAAUAAGGAUGCCGAUCUAGAAUGGGAUAAACCUGUUCAAAGUGAUUUUCCACUUGAAUUUUAUGAAGUUCGCUGGUUUCCAAAGGUCGAAUUAGAUGCUAUAAAUAAAUCAGCUUUGAACACAAAGGAAACCAAGGCACAUAUAGUAGGACUUUUAGAAAAUACGGAGUAUGGAUUUCAAGUUCGUUGUAAAACGAUUAAUGGGUUUGGUUCUUAUAGUAACAUGAUUUACGCCCAAACUCUUCAAUCCGUUGGUUCAGUAUAUGACGAUUCUGUGCAAAUACGAUUUAUUGCUGGAGCCAUCGUGACGGGAGUAUUAUUUCUAGUCAUUUUUAUAAUAGCUACAGUAUAUUUCAUGAGAUCCAAGCAUCAGGAUGAACUUGAUAAAAAAUCUACUAAUCAUUUGCCAUUACCACUUGACUACGCCAGCAACGAAGUUAAUUCUAUGGAUACUACUCCAAUUGUUAAAACACUUCAUUUAAACGACUCUUAUUUUCCGGUGUCCAUUUUAGUGACGACGCCUUUAUUUGGAAAUAGUAGAAGCUACGUAGAUCCCCAUACAUAUGAAGAUCCUAAUCAGGCUAUAAGGGAAUUCGCUCGAGAAAUCGAUGCAAACUACAUUACAAUAGAAGCUAUUAUCGGAGGUGGAGAAUUUGGCGAUGUAUGUCGUGGUCGCUUAAAAAUACCCCCAAACUUUGUACAGGACAUUGAUGUGGCAAUAAAGACUUUAAAACCAGGAUCUUCGGAAAAAGCGCGCUGUGAUUUCUUGACAGAGGCUUCUAUUAUGGGACAGUUUGAUCAUCCAAACGUUAUUUAUCUACAGGGAGUAGUUACUCGGUCUAAUCCAGUUAUGAUUAUUACUGAGUACAUGGAAAAUGGCAGCUUAGACACAUUUCUUCGGGUGAAUGAUGGAAAGUUUCAAACAUUACAGCUUAUAGUUAUGCUUCGGGGUAUUGCCAGCGGGAUGUCAUAUUUAAGUGAUAUGAAUUAUGUACACAGAGACUUGGCGGCACGUAAUGUUCUUGUAAAUGCGCAAUUAAUAUGCAAAAUCGCGGACUUCGGAUUGUCACGUGAAAUUGAAAAUGCAAGUGAUGCAUACACGACUCGGGGCGGUAAAAUUCCUGUACGUUGGACUGCGCCUGAAGCCAUUGCUUUUAGAAAAUUUACUUCAGCAUCGGAUGUUUGGUCGUAUGGAGUAGUUCUAUGGGAGGUCAUGUCUUAUGGCGAACGUCCAUAUUGGAACUGGUCAAAUCAGGACGUAAUAAAGAGUAUUGAAAAGGGCUACCGUUUACCAGCUCCGAUGGACUGUCCAGAAGCACUUUAUCAGCUAAUGUUGGAUUGCUGGCAAAAGCAACGUACUCAUCGCCCCACAUUUGCAAGUAUCGUUUCAACUCUUGACAAUUUGGCACGACAACCACAGUCAUUAUUGACAACACGACCCUCACCAGAAUCAGACGGUAAUCAUAUUUUGGAUGGACAGCGUGGUCAAAAUAUUUUCAUAAGCACCGACCUUUGGUUAGAGCACAUUAAAAUGUCUAGAUACUGUCAACAUUUUAAAGAGGCUAAUUUAAUAAAUGCUCAACAGAUAUCUAGGUUAACAGCUCAACAACUGUCGGACAUGGGAAUUACUUUAGUUGGACACCAAAAAAAGAUUUUACAUCAAGCCCGGCAACUCGACACUAUAAUAUAAACAAUUAAUUUUUACAAAGUAGUGUAAGGUGUACAUAAAAAAAUACAUAAUGUAUUAUAUAAAUAAUAUAAUAUAUGGUGGAACUUUCUUAUUUCGAAUCAACAUCUGCAGCAAAAAAAAUCAAGUUAUACAAUAUUAUUCACGUGCAUUUUAAUCUUCUUUUGCCAAUAAAAAAGUGCGAUUUAUACCAGAUUUCGAGUUAGGAAAGUUCGAGUGUAAUUGACACGUGUGAGAUACAAAAACACAUACAUUUUAUAAGGAUUUUAUAGGUUCUCUUAACAAGAACAAUAGAAUAUAUGAUAGAAAAAGUAUUGUUUUUACGUUGUUUAAAAAUUAUACUUUAUAUACCAAUGUGUACCAAUUAUUUAUCAUACGAACAAUUUUCAAGCUUAUUAUAUAAGUUUAGUGGCGCUAUGAUUGCCUAGCUAUAUUUUACCUUUUUUUGUUGUGAUAGAAGUGGAAUUAACAAAACUAUUCAUCUUUAUUAGAUUAUAAUUUUACUUUGCAUAAAAUAGUGAAAAACUCAAUAAAAUUACACUCGUACGUAAGGUGCGGUAUUCCGGCCUAAAUCAUAA